AUCAGUCAGAUGUUGGGUAAUGAGAUGAAGUUUGCUGUACGUGAGCCCAUUGGUCUCCGGCUUUGGCUCCUCAUCUCUGCAGUGCUUUUCACAUCCACAUCCUUAAUGGCCCUGGCUUUUCCCAGCCAGCUCUACGAACUAAUAUUUGAGAUUACCACCACCAGGAUGUCCAUCAGACUCUACGGGGGAGCCCUUCUAUGUAUCUCAUUAAUUCUGUGGAAUGGCUUGUACACAGCGGAAAAGGUCAUCAUUCAAUGGACGCUACUUACAGAAGCGUGUUACUUCGGGGUACAAUUUUUAGUGACGUCCAUCACCCUCUUGGAGAUGGGCACACUGUCCAACGGUGCAAUCGUUCUUCUUCUCAGUGAAACCUUCUUCCUCUUCAUCACCUUGAGUUACUAUCAUCACCUCGGCCGGCGCACCAAAAAGAUCUGAGGGAGGCCAGCUAUUUGUUAGAUGGGUAGAUUGGCGGCACAGAAUGCUUUGAAUACAGUAGCACCACUGCCUGGACCAAAUGAAUUUACACUUGACUGAAAAUCAACCUCUGUUUGUGGGCAAUUUCCAUUUGAUGUAAGUACAAUAUCUGGAUAUUUACUCUCAUUAGAUACAGAGGGCCACAGAUCAUGACUGUUGUUUUUAUGUUACAUUAUGUUACCUACAGUGGAUAUAAUUAUCUGACAGCUCACUUUUUUGUAAAUGCUUUUUCUGAGAUUUUAUUGUAUGGAGGGUAGAUUUAUGGCACAUUUGUACAUGUCAGAGAAUCCCAAAUGUGUCAGAUUAGUUUGGGAAGAUGACUGUAAUUCAGGUCAUAUUAUGUAAGAGUUUAGUGAACUUUCUGUAUGUCUGUAUGUGGUGUGUUAUUCUAUUACAAGAAUGUAAUUUUAAAAUGGUACUGGUUUUAUUUGUCAGGCACAAUAGACACAGCAUGGCACAGUGUACAACAACAUACGGUAUACUGCAAGACAAAGGGUAAUACAACGAAUAGCAUUAAAUUAACGAAUACAUAACAUUUUUUAUAUAUUACAUAAAUAGGACUGUUACAUUUACUUGUAGUUACUAACAUUGCAAAGUGAAGACUUUGCAAAUACAUUCCUUUUGGAUUUAGGUUCCCAACAGUACAUUUUGGUAAGAAUAACAGAUGUAGUAUUAAAUGCCAUUUAAAGUGUGUGUAUUUCAGAAAGUACCUUAUUAACUUAGUAGUUGUAAAUGUAUUACUGUUAGAUCGUCAAAUACAGCUUUGUGUGGCUUCACACAAAGAAAUUCUAGCCCUACCUAUUCAGAUGUAACAUUUUGCUGCUUUACAUACCUAAUGGACAUUUACACAACAGUCACUAAAGUAAAUAGUGCAAUUAUAAACUUUUAAGACAGAUUAAAAGAUUACAGAGAAUCAGUCACUUGAAAAAUCCUUUGAGGGUUCAGGUGAUUUUUCCAUGUCUUCAUGACAUUCAAGAUGCAUGCUACUAAUGGCUUUACUUUCACAAAUGUAUCUGUAUAUAUUAAAGGGACAGUCCACCCAAAAAAUUUA